GUGACGAGCUUCGCGAUGGAGGCGGACAGCGCCCGCCUCGGCGCCGCGGACGUGGCCACCGCGGAGGAGCUGCUGUCGCGCGUUAAGGACGGGGGACCUCGACCUCGGAGACGAGGUCCGCGACGCGGUGCGCGGGGCGGUGGCUGCCGGGGACCUCGCGACGGCCGGGCAGCUGAUGCUCGCCGCCUCGCUGGGCCCGGGCCACGCAGGCGAGGACGAGUCCGGCGGGGGCGGCCAGGUGUGCCCGGUGUGCUGGUUCAGGACGGCUUCCAGGGCGGCGCGGGCUCCGUCGGCUGCCUCGGGGGGCACCGCCUGCACGCGGGCUGCGCCGCGGACCUGGGGCUCUUCGGCUCGCCGUGCCCGACGUGCCGCGCGCCGCUGUUCUACCCGACCACCAAGGUGACCACGAAGCACGUCCUGGAGCACAAGGCGCGCCAGUUUUCCACGUUCAGCGCCGGUGACCACGUCCUGAUCACGGGGGACGCGGACCUGGCCGCGCGGAGGCAGGGGGCGCACCCGCUGCUCGGGGGCUGGCACGAGGACAUGGCCCCGUGCUGCGGGCGGGAGGCGGAGGUCGUCCAGGUGCUCGACCCCGUAGCCACGGAGGAAUCGAAGGCGCCGUCCAGCCGGUCCUGGUGCGCCGCCUGCCGCUGGGGCCCGUCGCGGCCCCAGAGGAGGUGGCGGGUCAGCCUGCGUGGCGCCUGCACCCCGCGCUGGUCACGCUGA